UUUAUUUGUUUUUUUUUUUUUACAAAAGAUAAAACAACAACAACAACGACGACGACGACAACGAUAACAAUAAUAAAACCCGUAUAGUAAAGACCACACAGCUUUGGCCCCGCAUGCCGCAACAUGUCCUACCGCUCGCUGGCCGCCGAUCGCGUGUACAAAGCGACUACGGACGACCUGCAGCCGGAGCGGAAGAACUCUGUCGGUACCGUUUUUAAAAAGGCUUUCGGCACGCUAAGCUCCAGCCCCCGGCGCAGGCUGUCCGAACCGCUUAUGUCCGGCGUGCCCGUAAUCGGCACCGGAAACAUCAACACGCCGCUCAGAAAAAUGCCAACCUCUGCUAUAUCCGAAGAAGCGUCGCUGCUCAGUGGCAUGCGAUCGGAGACUUUGGAAGAAGUAGAACUCACCGGAGUCCGUCCGUCACUACCAGCCGUCCGAACGUUUACCAGGGGCAAUACCGGUGUGGAAGAAGUGUACGUGGAUACCGACAAUGGACCGGUGUGCGUGGCAGUGCAGGGCGAUCGUUCUAAGCCACCUAUACUCACUUACCAUGACCUGGGACUGAACUACGUUACGAGUUUUCAGACAUUCUUCAAUUACACUGAAAUGCGCACCCUCAUGUCAAAUUUUUGCGUAUACCACGUGAACGCACCCGGACAGGAAGAAGGAGCAGCACCGUUAUCGGAUGAUUACGUUUUUCCUAGUAUAGAUGAUUUAGCGAAUCAGUUAGACCACGUUUUAAGAUACUUCGGUUUGCAAUCGAUCAUCGGACUUGGAGUGGGAGCUGGCGGAAACAUUUUGGCGCGGUUCGCUUUCAGACAACCAACAAAGGUCGAAGCCCUGUGUCUGAUUAACGUGGUGUCGACGCCGGCUGGUUGGAUCGAGUAUGGUUAUCAAAAGCUAAACAGCAGAUAUUUGAAAUCCAAAGGCAUGACACAAGGAGUGAUGGACUAUUUGAUGUGGCAUCAUUUUGGAAAAGGAACGGAAGAAAGGAACCACGAUCUGGCCAGAGUGUACCGCGAGUACUUCGAGCACAGCGUUCACCCAGGCAACCUAGCUGCGUUCAUCGACUCGUAUGUGAGACGGACGGACUUGGGCAUCAGCAGGAGCACGCCGACGUCGGAGUCGUGCCCGGCCGGACGUAGGCUCAGCAUGUCCACCACGUUGCAGAUGCCCAUCAUCAACGUGUGUGGAGCUCUGUCACCGCACCAGGAGGACACGGUGACGCUGAACUCGAGACUGGACCCAACCAAGUCGUCGUGGAUGAAGAUAUCCGACUGUAGCAUGGUGCUGGAAGAGGUACCACAAAAAAUGUGUGAAGCGCUGCGGCUUUUCUUGCAAGGACUCGGUUACGCUGUGAGACUCGGCCGGCCACCGUUGACCGUAUCCAGAUCGGCUGAAGUGAUAUCAAAAUCCAUAAGACAGUCCGUGUCCAAAGACAGUGUGCGCAGCUCGCCGUGGCCGUUCAGAAUCACCGAGAACCCGCUGACGGCAUGAUGGCAUAAUACGUGUAAUGCGAUUAUGUUAUUAGCGUGCGCAGGUCGUUUGGCGUCGAGGCGGGAGGUUGGUGCUAUAGCAACAGUUUUACAAUGAUAAUUAUAGGUAUACGCAUAUAUAUAUAUAUAUAUAUAUAUAUAUAUAAAUACACUCGUGUAGUUUUCGGUGAUGGUCUGAAACGCGAUGAGUCGUGGAAAAAGUUUAUAAAAAAAAAAAAAAAAACCCGAACCGAACCGAU